AUGUACUUCGAGGUUGAUAUGGGCCGCACAUUCUUAAUGGAUGUUUAUAAACGAAAGGAUAGAACCACCAUAUAUGGCUAUGAAUGGAAGAAGUACAUUGCACAGAAUAAUCUCAUCGGAGGAGAGUACAUAUCCUUUUCCUUGAAAGGAGAUGUCAACAGGUUAAGGACAAUGUAUUUAUGCAGCGAUGACGAUGACGAUGAAGAUGAGAACCAGGAUCAUGAUGAUAGACAUGACCAGCAGGAUGGUGGAGACAGCCAAGAUGACGAGGACAGCGAUGAAGAUAAGGACAACCAGGAUGACGAGGAUGAGGAAGAUGAUGCCGAUGAGGAAGAUGAUGACGAUGGUCCAUUAAGUUCUGCAAUUUUCUCUGAAAGAAUAGGAAGCUUACUCGAGAUGAGACCAUGA